GAUUUGUUGUGACGUUGACAGACUGACAUAAUAUCAACAAAUAAAAACGCCCGCGAAAAUAAAAUAGGUAUUCAUUCUCACAUCACAUUAUAUCCUUAUUUUCUAAGAGAUAACAAUGAAAUUUCGAGCAGUAAUGAUAGAUGCUGGACCUAUGCGUGAAUUUACAAAUAUAGUUACAACAAUAUCGAAGCUAUCAAAAGAAUGCGUCUUACGUGUGGCUAGUGACCAACUGUACUUCAUUGUGAGCGAUGAAACCAAUGGACCUGGCCCUCCUGUUUUGUGGUGUGAGGUUCCACAGGCUAUGUUCUUCUCGGAGUACCAAAUGAUUGGGCUGGAUGACGACCAUAAAGAUAUUUAUUUGGGAUUCAGUUCAGCAAAUCUAGCGAGAUCACUGGUUGUGUUGAAAACUGCAAAGUCUUUGAAAAUGAAGUUGACUAAGAAGCAGUGUCCUUGUCUCACAUUGGAAAUUGAAACACUAUCGUCAACAUCCCAACAAACCAGACAGGUCACCCACGACAUCCCAGUCGCAGUAAUACCCAGAAAGAUGUGGUCUGACUUCCAUGAGCCCAAUGUCCCAGAUCCUGAUGUAUCAAUAGAACUGCCACCACUAAAGCAACUCCGUACAACAGUGGACCGGAUGAAAACUAUGGCACCAGAAGUAGUGAUCCGAGCUUCAGCUGAGGGUAGACUGACUCUGCAGAUCAAGACGGACAUGGCUAAAGUGUCUACACGGUUUAAAGAUUUGAGAGUGGAUGCCUUUGCAGGCCCAAUUGAACAUUCUGAUUCGGAAACUGAGACCCAAAUCAAUGAAGACAUAUCCAGAGUAUGUUAUUGUCGUGUCGAUGCCAAAAAGCUGUCAAUGUUUCUAAGCGCGGACCAGAUAUCACACAAAAGAACUGUGUGUAGUGUAGUGCAUAGGAAAUUGGUGAUUUUGUGUUUGCACACUGAAGAGAAUGUUAAAUUGCAGUGUUUUAUUACUGGCAUUGUGUAUUAACUUUACCCUGGUUCUACCAUUAUAGACGACAAAGAUUGUGCGCAUUAAAAAUAGAAACCUAAUAAAAUUGUUGCAGUUUGUAUGUAACAUUUAUAUUAUUAUUAUAUUAGUUGCGCCCCGGGGCUUCGCUCCCGUGGGAAUUUCGGGAUGAAAAUACCCUGUGCUAUUCCAGGUUAUAUUCCACCACCAGUGUAUCAAAUUUCAUAGAUUUUGUGUGAAAGAGUAACAAACAUACACACAUACAUUCUCGCAACUGUCGCAUUUAUAAUAUUUAUAAGAAAAGUGUUUUGUGAUAAAUGCGUGGCAUGUUAUUUUUUAAUUAAUAAUAAUAAACAAAUAUUUCAUAAAUAAAACUUGUUGGAUUUCAAAA